AUGUACUCUUCCACCCGCGACAUGCUGUCGUUCGGCGCGGCGAUCCUCUCCAACAGACUCUUGUCCCCCCUCGCCACGCGAAAGUGGCUGUCUCCAACCACCUUCACAUCCUCUCGCGGCCAUGUGCUGGGAGCGCCAUGGGAAAUCCAGCGUGCCGACCGACUCGUGCCAGAUGGAAGAGUGGUAGACAUCUAUACCAAGGCUGGUGAUCUUGGACUAUACCACACUAUGUUCGCUCUUGUUCCAGACUACGAUAUUGUCGUCAACGUUAUGACUGCUGGCAAAGAGGUCACCGAUGAAUUCUUUGUUCAGUCAGAUGUCAUCUCACAGACGCUGAAGGCAAUUAUCCCGGCACUAGACGCAGUCACAAAGCAAGAGGCUAAGAAAAACCUUGCGGGCAUCUACCAGGACAAGGAGAGUGAUUCUGUGGUGGAGUUGGAAGUCGAUGAUGGUCCAGGUCUGGCGAUCAAAGAGUGGACGGUGAAGGGCUUCAAUGUAUUGGGAAACUUUACUUUCUACAAUAUUGCCGCCAGUGGGAGAACGCUGCCUGGGAUCGCGAGGUUGUAUCCUUCGAGUCUCAAGGCGGGUAGCCAAAAGUUGUGGAGAAUGGUGUUUGAUCAGGUAGAUGACGAGAGAGGUGAGCCCUUUGAUGAGGAAGCUGUUUACCCUGACGCCCGGUGCGUGAAUUGGGGUACCAUGGAUAGGUUUACUUAUGACUUUGUGGGGUUGGAGGAAUUUGUCAUGACGGUUGGGAAAGAUGGUGCGGCAAAAUCGCUGAGUCCGGUGGGCUUCGGGGUUUCACUCGCCAAACAGGAGUACAUGUAA